GGGUUGGGUUCGACGUGGAUCUGUAAGCACAGUCGCACUGCCACCGCCGUCAACAUGUCGCAGUCUCCGAGUGCCGUCCGUCAGAAUAGGGACGUCGUUUAAUAAUUAUUGUCACUAUCGUCGCGUCGACUGCUGUGAUACUCGUCUCGAAGGAGUGUUUUUCUGUACAUUCGGUUAUCCAGUUUUCCGUUUUUCGUCUAUGAAAUCUCGUUUUUUGCGUCCAAAUGAAUAAUGGCCAACACCGCUGCGCCGACCAUGUGUUGUAGUCGCGGGUCCGCGGCGGCGCUCGGUCUGUUUUUUUUGUUGUCGUUGACUUUAAGUCACCCGGCCACCGCGGAAGUCCGGCAUGCCAGACACAAAAGGACAGUAUCGGAUCUCAUGGAAGGACUCAUGAACGCCAUGUAUUUUCACGUGGAUCCGAUGCCCUUGCCCUCCACCGUAAUCGCCCGAAUCACUCAUUUAUCGGCACCCAACAAAGUUUACAAGUACGUUCCAGUGCAAACAUUAAAGUUAUCAAAACUGCGUGCUCGUCAAAUAGCUGAACCAAAACUAAGACUAAAAUAUCCGAAAAAAAUUUCAAUAGCUACAGAUGAUUCAUCGUUGACCUUGUUGAAAAACGAUCUGCCAUGGACACUACAUCCGCUUCCGCCUCCUUUGCCAACGUCCAAAACGAUUAAGCUUGAGGUGGACAAAUCAAUGCCGUGGGCCUUGCACCCACUGCCACCGCCAGUUAAAACGAAAAAUUAUUCCGAUUAUUAUUGGCCAGACUCUAAGACACGGCCAAAGUACUAUUACAGGUCAAAACCGUUAAAGACGUACCAUUAUGUCAAUAAUAACUAUAAAUACAAAAAUUCAAAAGUUCAAGCCAACUUCAAACCCACCUUGGAGUACAGUAAGCCCGCGGUCGAUUAUAAGUCCGUCGUCAAUCAUGAUACGAAGCCCAACGAUUACAAUAAUCACCCCGUCGACCAUAAACCCGUCGAUUACAAUAAUAAUAAGCACAAUGACAAUAUUAAUAAUGUCGAAUACUCGCCGCCUGAUUCUUUCAAGUACAUCGAUUACAAGCACACCGAUUACAAGCACAUUGAUUACAAGUCUCCGGACUAUAAGUCCGAAUAUCCGAAACAUACGAUGGACGAAGAGACGCAUGAAAAUAUUAACGAUGAUGACCACUUCGAUCACGACGACCACAAUGACAUUUAUCAUUAUUCGCACGACGAUCACUCGGCUCAAAACAAUGAUUUUCUGUCGCCAUCGUCACAACAGCCUCCUUCCACCGAGUAUGUUUCACAUAUAACCAUUGAACCGUCCAUUCAGAUCGCGUCGUUUUCGGAAUCGGAACUGCAGGGCGACGGUACAAACAGGGACAGCAGCAGCGUAUCUCAGGACGAUGCGAAACAUCAUAGGACGUGUCAGUGCACGAUAAACGGACAUCGUCACAAACGUGAUGCCGUCGACGAAAAUUACAGUGACGAUGACCGCCGUAAUUUGCCAUGGACGAUGAACGGUACCACUGUAGAUAUCAACAACAAUUAUGAUAACAAAAAUCGUACUGCAAUCCGGAAACCAACAGAUUCUGACGCAGCGCCGUCUUCGCGAAAUGCGUACGUUGCUCCGCGAGUUGGACACGCCACCGACGUGCAAAUAAUCAAGUCACACGACAUUACUGAACAGUCGAUGAUCAACAGUCCUAGUCCUGCGAACGGUCCUAGUCCAUCGAUCGGUCCUGGUCCUGCGAAUGGUCCUGGUCUUACGAACGGUAUAGGUUACGUGCAACAAGUGCGCAACAUGAAUAAUGACCACCCAGUCAUAAAGCUGCCUCCCGCCGAAACGGAACGCGGACAGGCGAAAAAGAACGACGCAACCACGUUUAGGGACGAGAGCGAUAAGUUCAAAGUGGAAUUUAAUCGUGACGUUAACGAUUGGGAUGAGUCGAAAUCAGCUGGCAACAAACAAGGACGGUACUCGUUGAUACAAUCUGACGUAAACAAUGGUGAUGGUGGAGUUAACUCGGGAAUGGCGGACGACUACGGAAGCCGGCCGACCAGGGACAAACCGGACAUGCGAGGGAAAGGUUAUCACGUCGUCAGAAGCAAGGUGGAGAAUUCGGAUAGAGGCGUAUCGUUUAGCGUGCAGACUCCCUUUUCCGUUUCCAGUUUCUCUUCGAACGUCCGACAUCCGGAAGAACACCAGUCCCGGUUUCGUUACACCGGACACAAAUCCGAGCCGUCGUCAUCACUAUCGUCAACACCAUUGUUGUCAUCGUACCGGAACGAAUACUCAGAACCGCCAUUGGACUUUGAGCAGUUUGGUUUGAAAUCGGCUCUAGGCGACGACCAUCCGCUCAGUCCAGAUCAAUUUUCACGAUACUUGUUUGAUGACAAACCACCUGAAACCGUAACGAUUGGUCGGCUCUCGUCACGAUUUCCGGAAAGUUUUGGAAACAUUGCAACGGAUAAACGUCCCAGUACCGGGAUUUCGGAUCGGCCGGCCGCGUACUUUUCAAGGGAUUUCGGCCACGAUGACCGGAGUCGUUUGAAAACGUCGUUGAAACCGUUUCGGUAUAACGCGAAACACGGGCCAUCUCAGUCUGCUGACGAUCUGUUCGACAGCCGGUCGAAAGGUGGACGUCCGUCCACUGAAGAAUCGUUCUUGGAAUAUUUCCAACCGGUUGUUAUCGACUUUGACAGCAAGUCAAAACAGGACGACAGCAGUUUAUUAAAAUCGUUCGGCGGCAGCAACAAUAACAAUUUCGGAGGUAACGAUAAAUCGCGAUACUUCGGUAAAACGGAAAAUUCGGUUUUUGCGAAAUUCAAAAAAAAUCAUAAUUCUGAUCAGCUUCGUUUGCCCGGUCGUUUACACGAAUCCAAUGAGAACUUGUCAAGAAAAAUGCUUUUACAUCCUUCCACAUUCGACAUAGAUUAGCACGAGUGUCUAGUUAUUUAUACAUACAGCAGGUGAUAUCGUUGUUUGGUUUACGCGUAAAUUACUUAAAAUCUAUUUUUGUUAUAAACUAUGAUUUACCUACUUACAAUCAUCAAAUGCAAUAUAAAAAAACAUACUAUGCCAUUAUGCACUUUAUGUAUGUAAAACAUCAUUAUUAUUAUACAUGUAUUAUUAUUUUAAAACCGUGUAUGUAUACGUAACUAUUUCCAACCUUAUUCUAAAAAAGAAAUUUAAACAUUUUUCAUAGGUACAUUUUAUAAUUUGAUGUUACGAGAUAUUAGUCAAUUGUUCAUCUUAAGAACAAAUUCCCGUCUUUAUAAUUAAAUAUAAGUCGAUAUGUUUAAAAAUUAAAUAGUUUACUAUAUAUUGUUCAAAAUGAUAUUUAAAUCUUUUAUCGCUAAUAAAUUUAGGGUGCCAUGUAAAAUAAAAUAUUUUUAAUAUUGGAUGAAAAUAAAACGGUUCUAUACACUGUAGUGACAUUUAAAUAAUAUGUUCUGUGAAACGACUAUUACUUUAAUAUUAUAUAGA